AUGCUAAGGUUAUCACCUCAGGAUGACAAGGAUGUGACGGAGUUCCAAAAACUGCAUCCACUUGCCAAACAGAAUGGUUUCGGUCGUCUUUUUCGCUCUCCAACACUAUUUGAAGACGUUAUCAAGUCCAUUCUUCUUUGCAAUUGUAACUGGACCAGGUCAUUGCAGAUGGCUGAGGCUCUUUGUGGGCUUCAACUGGAACUUGGCACGAGAACAAAAUCAAAACUCGGGAAUUUCCCUAACCCGGAAGAGCUGGCUGAUUUCCGUGAGAGUUUCCUGAAGCAGCGGUGCAACUUGGGUUACAGAGCACUUCAUAUUAUCGAACUGGCUAUGAAGAUCACAUAUGAACAUCUCGAUCUCGAAGAAAUGUUGGCGGUAGAAGAAGAAACAACUGCCUUUAACAAACUAAUGGAGCUAAAUGGUUUUGGGCCCUUUGUUUGCGCUAAUGUGCUCAUGUGCAUGGGAUUCUAUAUCCGGGUUCCUGUUGACACUGAAACCCGUCGCCAUCUAUCAGAUUACCAUUCGAUUGAUCGGAAUGUUGUUAAAACAUCCUCCAAUGACGUCAUUAUUGAAGACAUUUAUGGCAAAUAUUCUCCUUUUCAAUGCCUGGCUUACUGGUUUGAGCUGGUGGACUAUUAUCAGAAGGAACUUGGACUGAAGUUGAGUGAACUGCCGCAUUCCAAGUAUGGAUCUGUGACAGGUACGUUAAUGGCUAAGAAGUUCACCUCCGAAGAAGAAUCGACCCCACCGACCAAGAUGCAGAAAAAGAAGCAACCCAGGAGAUCAAACAAGAAAUGGAAAUUUGUUUAA